ACCGCGCAGAACCUGAGCUCAAAUCCGCACCCUGCUUCUCUUCGUCGCAUUCAUUGAAUCUUCCACGCCGUCGCACAGAGCUUGCAAAGUCUUACAACAGUAAAAGCAAUACUUUACAGCAAUGGCCAAUUACAUCCACGUUCCCGAAAGCGCGCCGCUUGUUCCCAAAUUAGACGUGACUGUGGACGAGCACGAUUUCAGAGCCGGAGCGUUGAAAUUGAUCAAGACGCUCAGACCCCACUGGAAACCUUCGGAGGUCAAAAUGAAGUUUUUCACAGACGGCAUUACGAACAAGCUGAUCGGCUGUUAUGUCGGCAGCUCCAUGCAGGAAGUGGUCCUGGUACGCGUCUACGGGCAUAAGACGGAGCUGUUUGUGGACCGUGAGAACGAGGUCAAGAGCUUCCGUGUUCUUCAGGCGCAUCGAUGUGCGCCACGCCUCUACUGUACCUUCAACAACGGCCUGUGUUAUGAGUUUCUCCAGGGUGUGGCACUGGAACCUGAACAUAUCCGUAGCCCUGCUUUCUUCAGGCACAUUGCAAGGCAGAUGGCGAAGUACCACGCUAUACAUGCCCAUAACGGUUGGGUGCCCCAAUCGGACCUCUGGAUAAAGAUGAGCAAGUUCUUUUCUCUUGUUCCUUCCCACUUUAAUGACCCUGAAAAGGACCAGAGGUGGGAAAUAUGCAGGAGGCUGAACAGCGAGGUCCCCAGCACGACUUUCCUCAGAGAGGAGAUGAUCUGGCUUCAGAAGAGCCUCUCUAAACUGGGCUCCCCAGUUGUUCUCUGUCACAACGAUCUGCUCUGUAAGAACAUCAUCUGCAACCAACAGGAAGGAAAUGUCAAAUUCAUUGACUACGAAUACGCUGGUUACAAUUACCAAGCCUUUGACAUUGGGAAACACUUCAAUGAAUUUGCAGGUCUGAAUGAGGUGGACUACAGCCUGUAUCCUGGUCGAGAACUCCAGCUGCAGUGGCUUAGGGCCUAUCUGGAGGCAUACAAAGAAUACAAAUCAUUGGGCACAGAUGUGUCCGAUACUGAAGUUGAGGUGCUCUAUGUGCAAGUCAACCGAUUCGCAUUGGCAUCUCAUUUCUUCUGGGGACUGUGGGCUUUAAUCCAAGCGCAAUACUCAACCAUCGACUUUGACUUCCUGGGAUACGCAAUCCUUCGUUUCAGCCAGUACUUCAAGAUGAAGCCAGAAGUCACAUCACUGCACCUUCCAGAAUAAUCUAAAUGCGGCUCGCGUUACCCUCUAGCGAAGAGCUCCCCCUGGUGGACACAAGUACUAACUGGAAGACUCUUCAAGUUUUUGUAGACUGAAAACUGCACGCACUUGUCUGAAUACUUUUAGAUAAGCCCCUGAACUCAUCUCUGAACUCAACACCUCAUCAAGUCGGUUAAGUGUGGUAGAAAACCAAGAACCUAAGCCCUCUCCGCAUCUAUCUGCUGGUUGAGAGAGGGUCAUCCCGUGCCCUAGUUGUAACGCACUUUCAGUCGAGUAAUAUUGCCAAUAUUGCGAACCAGCAAACGGUUGACAUUUGCUACUACGCACAAUAUCCUUGGCUCACUUUGGAACCAUAAAAUAGCCAUGUAUGUGAAAAGCCCUGGAGAAUUUAAAGUAACCCCCGAUAUUGUUUCCCGUGAACCUCCGACAACAAAAACGUCUUUUAGACAAUAAGGUCCUCUGGGGUCAUUUCAGCAACCCACUAAAGGUAAUUCCUUCUUGUUUACACAACUUUUAAGGGGAGAAGUCCGAGUACUGUAUAGCAAAGGUGGGUUUACUAUACGGCUAGGUCGCUGAUGCCGUGCGGUCAUCUGAACGCCAAGCUUCAGGCCGGUCUGUUUCUACGAGGGUCCUUUUGGUGAGAUGUGGAAUACAGGGACCAAUAGUAGCUUUGUCUCUGUUUCUGAAUGAAGAUUUUCCCCUCAUCCCGUCACUGUGAAUUUAUAGUUUCUUAUCAGUUUCCUCAGCGUGGUGCUUGGAGAAAGUAGUUGAUGAAAGUUCUGAUGGCCACACCAAAGUGCUGAUAUUUCUGGCUUGUACAUGUUGCACAGUGUAUUUUUCAACAUAGUAAAAAGUAGCACGGUGAUAUUUACUGUUUAAAACAAGGUUUUUAUACUUAUUUAAAUGAAGCGAUAGUGAGCUGCGAGUGUGUUUUUAUCGGAUGUAUUCCGGAAAGGCCUUAAUGACUGUAUCGGCUGCUAGACGCACUUAGCUAUCGCUUUUACUCGACUUGCGCCACAACAGCAUAGCUAAGCCUUCUUUGCACAAACUUGAGAACAAAAUCAGUCCUCGCUUGUAUUUCAGAUCGGCCUCUUCAAAUUAGUACUAGUAGCAGAUAAAUGACGUAAGCUGUAAGCUUUAUUUAACACUUUAUUUUCCCCGUUAUGCAUAUUAUGAGUCGCUGUACUAAAACACUUCAUUCAUUCUGCAGUGAUUACAUGUAGCUCAUUAAUAUCGAUAAUCAGUACUUAUUUAAAAUCAUUUAAAGGUGUUUUCUAUGGCAAACCUCAGCUCUGAGAUUUAAGCGUUACCUUCGCGCCGCCUGGCUGGCCUCAUUUACCUCAUUUUCCAGUGUCACUUUUCCUACACGCAACCACGUACAAUACUGUAAAUAUUAGAAACUGUGAAAUUCUGGUGUUUUAUUGUAUUUUGAAGUAUGCUUCUUUUUCUAUGCCAGUUCUUUUGUAACUGUCAGUCUAACACCUCGAUUACGUUUUUGAACUGUCUUGGACCACACCAAAUGCUACAUUUUUAUUUCACUUUUACUUUCGAUAAUAUACAUGCAAUAUUCCCAGAAAACAAUUUGCGUAUCACGUUUUGCAGUUAGCUGUUAUUGAGAUAACAGAUGUCUUUGCGCUCUAUACAACAGAAAGUGACGGGUAGUUCCAAACUUUCAGCCAAUCAAGUGCUUCGGGUGCACAUUUGAGUUAACUUUGUACAGAACUGCCUCAUGCAAGCGUCUUCUGGCAGUUUGAGUAUAGGUGUUUAUGCACAGCUGUAAACAAACUGUAAAAGAAAGAAACUUUGCUUAAACUAUGUCCAUUGUGAAUAACUAAACUGAGAUUAUCCUUUUUCUAAACUGUUAAAUAGAUUAAAUCUGGGGAUGAAAUCCUGAAGUGUUGCAUCCUAGAUUCUGUAUCAAAUUAUUUGAAUAGAAAUAAAAUUAUACAUAUUUUGCCUGUA